AAACUUAGGCGAACAACCACUCAAACUCGAGCCAAAACGUUCACUUGUUGCAUGGAUUGACUUGUAGUUGGAGCUGAUUUUUUCUUUUAUUUCUUUGGUAAGACAAACGAAACAUACCGAUAACACCAACACUUUGAACCUUUAAUUUCCUACAAUAUAUGCGGACUCCCCAGUCACCACCAUGGACGAACCUUUACUUUCCAGGAUUCAGACAGCACUUGGUGUCGGAGGUGACGAUCAACAAGUAGCGUCUUCGAGCAGAUCAACGGCCAGAACACCCAGAACACCGCGAAGAAGAAGCUACCCCUCAGGUUACCUUGAUGUACUCAACUCCGAUGUUAUUGUCCCCAUCAUCACAACACCAAACUCUUCCUCCUACGCCAAUCUCCUCGCGAACCUGAACAAGAACAAGCGGAGACAGCUCAAGCACCGCUCCCACUCAGCUCCCUCGGUGUUCACUGACAUCAAGGAGCUGAUUCAAGACUCCGUCGAUGAUCCAAGACCUGCCCCUAAAUCAACCCCUCUCAUCGUUCGCCAAGCUUUCAUCGGUGUCAUUAUCUAUGUCAUCAUCGGCAUUGUCAUAAUCUUGACAACCGGGGGUUUCAAGGGAGAAGCCACUUACAAGCCGGUUGAUGCCUUGUACUUCAUUGUGGUCACGCUCUGUACGAUUGGCUAUGGCGACAUUGUUCCUGACACGACCGGUACCAAGCUCUUCACCUGUUUCUUCAUCUUGGUCGGUUUUGGAUUCAUCGAUAUUCUGCUCAACGGUUUGGUGGUGUACAUCUGCGACAGGCAAGAAUCGGUGUUGUUGAGCACCGUCGAUGAGACGAAGUUCAACAACAUGAUUCAGACGUACAUGAUCGACAAAGAGAAAGGACGAAUGAGGAUAAGGAUCAAGGUAGCGUUGGCACUGGGAGUGGUGAUUGGUUGUAUAGCUAUAGGGACAAUUACAGUACAUUUUCUCGAGAAGAUGAGUUGGGUUGAUAGUUUCUACCUCUCUGUUACUUCAGUCACAACUGUAGGUUACGGCGAUUUCGCUUUCCAGACAGUUGCGGGUAGGUGUUUUGCAAUAAUCUGGUUACUGUUUAGCACAUUAGCUGUUGCUAGGGCUUUUCUGUACCUGACCGAGCUUAGAAUCGACAAGCGGAAUCGUCGAAUCGCGAAAUGGGUUCUUCAGAAGGAGAUCACCCUCAGGGAUUUGUUGGCAGCAGACCUGGAUAAUGAUGGAUGCAUCAGCAAAGCGGAGUUCGUCAUAUACAAGCUUAAGGAGAUGGGGAGAGUGGCAGAGAAUGAUAUUAUGCAGAUAUGCAAGCAAUUUGAUUCUUUGGAACAUAGCAACAAUGACAAAAUUACUCUUGUUGAUCUAAUGGGAAGCGACAUGUGAGUGAUUCCAAUAAGGUUUCCCUCAAUCGAAAGUCCGAGGCAUCACACAGAUCUUGCUACAGAAAUUAACAGAAGCAAACUGUGAGAAUUCUGAAUUUUUACGGUACACGUAUAUAGAACUAGGCAUAUGAAUUUGAUGUUUCACUACAGAGCAGAAAACUCAAUACAAUUCUUUUGUAAAUACUUUUGGUUUCAAAUAAAAAUGGAAACUUUGACGAUCUCA